AUGUCACCUCCUCCUACCACUACUACUGCAAGGAGCACUGGUUUACCGCCUGCUCAAGCGAUUCAUAUUACAGUCGGUAAUCCAACAAAAGCUGAAGCAAUUAUGUUUUCAUAUAUGGUCUAUCCUAUUACAACAAAAACCAAUAUGUCAAUAUUUGAAAAUUCUGAAUUUACCGUUAAACGUCGUUUCAGUGAUUUUCUUGGCUUACACAGUAAAUUAGUCUUAAAAUAUUUACAGACUGGUAUCAUUCUACCGUCACCUCCAGAAAAGACACCACUGAUAGUGUCAAUAGAACACGCUAUACCCGUUGAUUUUAUUGAACGUCGUCGUACACUCGAAAGGUAUUUGAAUCGAUUAGCCAGACACAAGAUUUUGAUAAAGGAUGUAAAUUUUCGUGAAUUUCUAGAACUACCGAGUAGUCUUCCGAAAUCAACGGAGACACAGACAGUAUCGGGUGCCAGUGUGCACCGUAUACUAUCAAAUCUAUCAGACUCAGCUCAUAAAUUGGGAUUUAAAAUCAACGAAGACGAUAGUUGGUUCACUGAAAAACAAACAUUUCUGUCAAAACUACAUAUGAAUUUAAAACGUUUAUAUGGGAAUUUUAAUUUAUUAUUUAUGCAACGAAAAGAAGCUGGAGAAGCAGGAGAAGGAUUAGUAAAACAAUUGAAUCAACUGUCAACAGCCGAAGAUGAUCCAUCGUUAGCCAUUGCGCUAGCAGAAUUAGCUAAAGUUGAAGAAUUAUUAAAAGAUUAUAUUUCAUUAAUUGAUGUGGUCAGUUCUACAUUUCAUGAACGUGUAAAAGUCUUUCUUGAUUGGCAGUCAGCUGAAGUAACACUAAAGAAGAAACGUGAUACAGAAGGCAAAUUACGGGAACAAUCAACCAUCAAUCAUGAAAAAAUAACGGUAGUUGAAAUGGAAAUAUGUGAAUGGGAAAGAAAUGUGGAUCGUGCAAGAGUUAAAUUUGAAAAUAUAUCAAAAACAAUUAAAGAUGAAAUAAAAGUAUUUGACCAGACACGUACGGACGAUUUUAAAAAGGCACUUACUGAUUUGUAUUUAAAAAAAAUAUUAGAACAACAAGAAAAAUUAUUAGAAGUAUGGCAAAAUUAUUUAUCAAAGGUCAAAAAAAUUGAUGUGCGCAGAAAAAAAUGA